AUGAUUUCUGUUGUGGGCUAUGAAAAUCAAAAUAAUGUUAUAUACUAUGUUGUGUAAUUCGAGAAUACUGUUCUACAAAAAAGGUAUUGAUUACUUUAGAGUAAUAGAUUUUCUCAAUUCGAGGAACUCCAUCAGUCUUUGCUGCCCUACUAUCCUUUGCCCAACUUACCACCCAAACAAUAUGUGACGGUGCUUAUUGGCAAGUCUAUCGAGCAAUUGGAAAAACGGCAAAAGGCUCUCGAUGUCUACAUCAAGGAGCUGUACAAGAACCCUCGAAUAGUGAAAUCUUAUCAAUUUUAAUCAUUUUUGGGAUUGGCCCAAACUAUCCAAAUGAUUUAUGAAUUCGAAGGUCUUGGCCAACCAAUCAAAGACUUUUCAAUUAAUUUUGACAUGGGUCUGAUGCUCGUCUUGGGGAGCGAGAAGAAGAGUGUGCCUUCCAUCUUUAAUAAAGUCAAUCAGAAUUCAUAAGCAUUGGGAACUUUAGAAUGUUGGCUUUAAAAAGAAGAAGUUUUCAAGAAAGAGUGGACGCACUCGUUCAUUAAGUAAACUACUUGUUUUCAUCAUCUUGAGAAUACUGUUGUGGUUGGAUUCUUAGAUGGUACACUUACUUUAUUCCUAUUAAAUCAAUAAAAUGAAAUAGCAUCAUUUAAGGAAUACAACUAACAUUCAUCAAAAGUGCUGGCUGUCCAUUUGAUAAGUGGUUGCAUAUGUUCUGUAAGCGAAUCUGAAUUCAAGUAUUAAUUGUGUUAUGCAUUUAAAGAGUUUUCUCGAUGAAUAAAAACAUUUUCUUAGUUAAUCAGACUCUAAAAGAUCUGGAUGGAAUGUUGAUCAGCGAUGAAAAAGCAUAUGUUUAUGACUAGGUUGGGGCCAUCUUUGUUUACGAACUGCAGAAUUAGAAAAUGUCCCUUUUACUGAAAUUCGAUACUCACAUAGAGAAUAUAAAGGGGAUUGCAAAAAGCAACAAUAAAUUGUACUGUGUGAAUCAGAAUGGGGUAAUACUGAUCUUGGAAACAGAAACAUACACGGUUUUGCAGAAGGGGAAAGGGAAAGUGCAAGUAAGACAAUAAAUUAAUUAUGAGAGAGUAAAGAAAUCAGUCACUCGGAGAGUAGACAGAUGAUCUAUGUUGGCAAUAAGGAUGGUUCAGUCACGGCGUAUGAUAGUUCAGACUUUUCGUCUUUGUGUAAGCAAUUUGCGAUCUAUUUAAGUUAUAAUAAAUGCACACAUUAAUUAAGUUAGUAAGAUAAGGAAUUUUGAGAGCGAAAACUUGUUGUUAACGGGGGGAGAGGACAGAUUCAUUAGAGUAUCACAUUCUUAUAUUCGUAAGGCUUGGAGAUUACCGAAUGUUUUGAUUGGGGAGGGAGCCAAGUAGUCUUCCUUAAAGCAAAUCUGAAAUGU